UGUUGACUUUCGAGCGUCGACGCCAUUUUUUCGCCUGCUGUGCUGGAGGAUUCUUCGAUGAGAGGAAUUCUUGGGAGCUUUUCAUCAUAUCAAAAUCGGUGAUUGAAGACGUUUUACCUAUCUAAUAGCCAACAUGACCUGAAAACUGGCGUUAUGUGUGGUGUUUGCUGUAGGUUCGAGCUUUCAUUGGGACAUCUGGCUCGUAUGCUACGCAUCCCGCCGUGGUUUCAUGUUGUGUUAAGUAAGGAAGUGUUUAAGGAGACUUCCUCAGUAGAAGUUUCCUUUUUUGACGCCUUAAUGGUACUAUGAACCUGGAUUCUUCUUCUUAUGCACUGAUUCAGAUCAGUAAUAUUGUCGCAAAUUUGACAAAGAAGAAUUUCAAAGUCUCAAGUCAGGAGAUACAGCAGCUGGUGGAGGCUCACGGCUCGGACGCCCAGAUCCACCUGCUGCGCUGCCUGUUCACACACGUCGACUGGGAGGCCGGAGGCCGCAGCGGCGGCCCCACCAACAAGGACAACCCGCAGCUGCAGCUCCUCCAGCAGCUGUGCGCCAGCCUCGCCACUCGGCCCAACUUCGUACACACGCUCUGCUACGCCGUCGACCACCGGACGUUCCGGCGCGGCGGACAGACGGCUCGGCUGCUACACGACCUACCGCGCACGCUCAAACUCAAAAAGGCCGAGGAGGUAGCGUUCGCCAUCGCGCUCCUGCACUCGCGUGACCCGGAGACGGUCAAGCAGGCGGAGCAGUUUGUCCAGCAGCGGCUGCCGGAGCUGGUCAGGAACUACGUCGAGUCGGCCGACUGUUCGGGAGUAGCUGAGGAGGGCGGUCUACACGAGUCGUCCCCGGAGCUGCUGCACCGACUGGUCUCUUGGCUGCUGUACGCGCCGCCUGAGCAGCUCGACAAGGCUGCCGACUCUCAGGAGGCUCUGGUAGAGGCGGUGCGUAAGGACCUGCCUCGCGGCGUGGUGCCCGCUGUGCUCGCGCCGCUCAUCUAUCCCGACUGCGCCGACAUCCCGGUGGCCAAGAUCGCCGCCGCCACGCCGGCCGCCAUGGCCGCCAACCUGAUGGACAGCUCGCUGGCCGACUUUGUGCUCGAGGUGGGCUACGUGCUGUGCUCCUCUGUGGAGGAAUGCCGCCGCCACCUGGUCAACCACGGCGCCUCGGAGCUGACAGCUCCGGCCGUGGCCCGCUGCCUGGGCGCCAUGGCCAAGACGUACACGGGUCUGCAGGAGCAGAUUCCCAUCCAGAGCCUGCAGUCGCCGGCCUCCAUCUGGGCGUCCGACAAGACUACCGACGGCCCGCAGACCUGGAACGUCGAGGUGUUCGUCCAGGCCGUCCAUGAACUGACUCCUGCGCUGCAGUGGAAGGAGGUGGUGUACCACCUGGACCACCCGGGCUUCCAGGUGAAGGACCGCACGGCGCUGCGUCUGAUCACACAGGCGCUCCAGCUGGGCCUCCAGCUGCAGGGGGUCGGCGCCGACUCGUUCCCCGUCCAGGUGCUCUACCGGGUCUGGAAGAACGCCGACAGCCAGCUGUCGUACAUUGACCAGAUCCUGAAGAACCCGGACGUGUUCUGUCUGGCCGACUACCAGUGCUACAUGGUGGACGUGUCGCAGCUCAAGGUGCCGCCCGAAAAGGACAACAAGGAGCUCAACACAUGGCGUUGCACGGAGCUGAUGCAGCUGCUGCUCCACCUGGCCGAGAGCGGGCACACCUGCUUUGUGCAGGAGCUGCUCAAGUACCCGCUGCAGCACGGACCCGACAUCCUGGCACUGAACCUGCUGGCGGCCGGCAGCAGCUCCCACCUGGCGCAGGAGCUGCUCUCCAGCCUCUUCGUCGUGUUCCUCAACGGCCACCACCCGAACAGCGCGGCGGUGCUGCACCAGGCCUGGCACACGGCCACAAACACCAGCGGAGUGCGCACCAUGCUGAUGCAUACGAUGGCAGAGUGGUACCGCCAGGCCGAGAACGACCAGGGGCGCCUCUCGCGCAUACUCGACGUGGCCCAGGACCUCAAGGCGCUGUCGCUGCUACUCAGCUACCAGGCACUGCCAUUUGUGAUCGAUCUCGCCUGUCUGGCCUCGCGCCGCGAGUACCUCAAACUGGACAAGUGGCUCUCGGACAAAAUACACGAGCACGGAGAGCCGUUCAUCGCUGCCACUGUCAAGUUCCUGCAGCGCCGCGUGCCGCAGCUGUCUGGCGGCCCGCCGUCGGAGCUGGAGCUGCCCCCCAAGGCGCCGCUGCCGGCUGACCUGGUCACCACCGUACUCAGCGUGCUGCACGCGCGCGUCAACUCUGCCGGCGUGGGCCACGAGCUCAGCGAGGCCAUCCUGACGAUGAUGGGUAACGCCAGCCAGCUGCUGCAGCUGGGCAGACAGCGGCCGCCGCCGCCGGGCGUGGCGCGUCCGCCGCCGGCCGGGCCGCCCCGUCCGCCCGACCCGAGCCCGUUCGGCGCCGGGCCGCUCGGCAGUCAGCUGUUCCCGUCGUCUGCCGGCGGCGACUCGCUGGUGGGCGGUCUGACGGCCACCAUCUCCGGCCUGGGGCUGGGCGGACCGGCGGCCAGCACCCCGGGCGCCUCCACGCCCAGCGCCGGACUCGGACUCAGCUCGCCCUUCUCGCUGCAAGGCUCCGCAGCCGGCUCGGCGGCGGCCGUGGGAGGUGCGCGCAGUGCCGCCCAGGCGUCUCUGCUGGCCUCGCUGACCCCGCCGGCCAUCUCUGGCCUGUUCGGACCGGGCGGCGGAGGAGCAGGGGCCGGCCCGAGCACCGCCCAACACGCAGCUGCCGCGCUACACGGCGCAUCGAGGACCGUGUCUCACGCCGACGUGUCUCCGUUCCCCAACGAGUCAGCAGGGGCCCUAUCCAAGGAGGUGGAGGAGGAAGCCAACAGCAACUUCCAGCGCAUCUACAACCACCCGCCCCAUCCGACGCUCUCCAUCGAGGAGGUGCUCGACAUGCUCAAACGAUUCCAAGACAGCAACGUGCAACAUGAACGGGAGGUGUUUGCCUGCAUGCUGCGGAGUCUGAUGGACGAGUACAAGUUUUUCCCGCAGUACCCGGACAAAGAGUUGUACAUCACAGCCCAGCUGUUCGGCGGCAUCAUCGAGCACAAUCUGGUCACAAACUACAUGGGCCUGGGUCUGGCACUGCGCUACGUGCUAGACGCCGUCAAAAAGAAGCCCGGCUCAAACAUGUACAACUUCGGCAUCGUGGCGCUGGACCGAUUCAAGCACCGUCUGCGCGAGUACCCGCAGUACUGCCAGCACCUGGCCACGGUGGAGCACUUCGGACAGUUUCCCAGGCACCUGGUGGACUACAUCGACUGCGGGAUGCGCUCCCAGGAGCCGCUGAACCGUCCCGAGGGUCCGGUGCUGCCGCCGCACCUGCAGGCGCUGGUCUCCGGCUCGGGCAGCAGCGGCAGUGCGGCGCCCACGCCGCCCGCCUCGUCCACUCCGGCACCGCGGCCGUCCUCAGUGGCCAGCAGCGCGGCGCCGCUCGUCUCCGGGAGACCCUCGAUCGCCAACACGACCAACAUCGAGACGCUGCUGAGCGCGCUGCCCGACGUGCCCAUACCAGUGGAGGCCGUCCAGGACAAGGUCGGCUUCAUCUUCAACAACCUCAGCCAGCUCAACCUGCAGCAGAAGUGUGAGGAGCUCCUGGACAUCAUCACCAAGGAGCACUGGCCGUGGUUCUCUCAGUACGUGGUAGUUCGCCGGCUCAGCAUCGAGCCCAACUUCCACACGCUCUACGCCAACUUUGUGGACGCCACCAAGCGUGCCGAACUGAUCGAUACGGUCGUCAGGGAGGUGCAUAGGAACAUCCAGGUACUGCUGCGUGCCGACAAGGGCGUGGAGAAGUUCAGCGACCGCACGAUCUUGAAGAACCUGGGUCACUGGCUGGGACUCAUGACCAUCGCCAAGAGCAAGCCCAUCCUUCAGGUGGACCUGGACCUGAAGGCUCUGGUCGUCGAGGCCUACCACCUGGGAAUGCACGAGCUGCUCUACAUCGUCCCGUUCGUCGCCAAGGUUCUCGAGUCGUGCGCCAAGUCCAAGAUCUUCAAGCCGCCCAACCCGUGGACGAUGGGCAUCAUGAACCUACUGGCGGAGCUGCACCAGGAGCGCGACCUCAAGCUCAACCUCAAGUUCGAGGUGGAGGUACUCUGCAAGACGCUUUCGCUCGACGUCAACGAGCUGAAGCCGACCGACUGGCUGCACGACCCGCAGCGGCUGCAGCGGCUGCCCAUCCAGCUGAAGCGGCCGGUGCCGGCGCCGACGCCCGUACCGGCGCUGCCGCCGCCCACCGCGCCGCCGCCGACUGCGCCCUCGGUGCCGCCGCCGGCCGCGCCGCCGCCGCAGCUGUCGGCCGCCGGUGGGAGCGGGGAGGACACGACCACAUCGGGCGGUCCCGAGCUGCCGCCGACGGCCGCCGCGCCGCGCUUCACUGUCGGGGACAUCAACACGAGCAGCAUCGCGGGCCUGGCGGCGCACAUCACCAUCAACCCCGCGCUGCCGCUGUUCCAGACGCACCCGGCGAUGAGGCAGAUUGUGCUGCCGGCUGUGGAGCGCACCGUCCAGGACUGGCUGCCCAGAGCCGUCGAGAGAAACUGCAAGCUGGCUGUGAGCACAGCCGAACAGCUGGUCAAGAAGGAUUUCUCUAUGGACGGUGACGACCUGAAGAUGCGCACGGCGGCCCACCAGCUGGUGAUGAGCCUGACAGCGGGCCUGACGCUCAUCAACUGCCGGGACCACCUGACGCUGUCCAUCAGCAGCAACAUCAGGGCCUCCAUGCUGUCCAUCGUGCGGUCGGCCACCCCGCAGCAGAAGGAGUUUAUCGAGCAGACGGCCAACAUGGUGGCGGCCGAUAACGUGGAGCUCGCCUGCUGCUUCAUCCAGAAGACGGCCAUCGAAAAGUCCAUCCUCGAGAUCGACAAGCGACUGGCGGCGGAGUUUGAGCUGCGUAAGAUGGCGCGCGCCGAGGGCCGCCGCUACUGCGACCCCUCGGUGGCCAGCUACCAGGAGGCGCGCAUGCCCGAGCCGAUCCGGCUGCAGCCCCUCUCCGGCCAGCAGAUGAGCGUCUACGAGGAGUUCACACGCGCCGUGCCCGGCUUCGCGCCGUCCGAGGCGCCCGUGCCGCCCCAGCCGCAGCUGAUGCAGAUGCCUCCACGCUCCGCACAGCCUCCCCCGCCGCUGCCGCUGCGCGCCACGCAGCCGCCGCCGCCGCUCUCGGCGCCCGGUGACGAGCUGUCGCAGCUGUUGGAGAAGGUGUCGCUGGAGCUGCAGGCCCUGCUGCAGCAGCUGCACCCGGCGGCGGCCGCCAGUGCGCCCGCCCAGCAGCUCAGCCGACUGGCAGAGGAGGUCAACAUCGCACGCGGAUCGCGGGACGUGGCCGCACAUAUCCGACUGGUCAAACUGGCGGUGGACGGCCUGCUGGAGCAGUCUCCACAGGUUUCUCCCGAGGCCGAGCCGGUGGCGCUGCGCCUGCGCGACAGCCAUCAGCUGGUGCUGCGCGCUCUGCAGGAGCCGCGCUGCUACGGGCCGCAGUGGGUCCAGAAAUACGUCACCAGUUCUGUGGCCGAGUGGCGCGGGGACGUGCGUCUGAACGGCGACACGCUGGAGGCGCUGGUGCGCGCCCGGCUCAUCUCGCUGCCGCAGCUGGACUCCCAGCUGGCGCUGGCCGUGGAGGCGGCCAACUACAGCAGCGUCUUCCUCGCCAUGCAGCUGCUGCAGGUCUUCUUCAUCGACGCGCGCGAUUCUAUCGUUACCGAGAACGAUUUGGCCAACACCAUCGAGGCUAUGACUAAGGUGGCCCAGCAGCAGGGUUCUGAGAACAUCGCCAACCUGCUGGAGGUGGUGCGCGGCGGCGGCUCUGGCACCGGCACCGGCUCCAGCGGCGGACACGACACGCCGUUCAGCGCUGCCGACCGAAACCCGGGCGGCCCGACGGCGCACAUCCACAAGGGCAUCUCUCAGGCGCGUGACUUUGACGACCCGCCGGGCCUGCAGGAGAAGACCGAGUUUCUGCUGAGAGAGUGGGUACAGCUGUACCACGCGCCCUCCUCCGGCCGGGAGUCGACCAAGGCCUUCUCACAGAUCGUGUACCAGAUGAACAUGCAGGGCAUCCUGAAGACGGACGACCUGAUCACGCGGUUCUUCCGUCACGCCACUCAGAUGUGUGUGGACAUGUGCUACCGGACGCUCAACGACCAGGCAGCCAUGACGCCCACCAUGGUGCGCAACAAGUGUUUCCGCACGCUGGACGCCUUCGUGCGCCUGAUCGCGCUGCUGGUCAAACACAGCGGCGAGUCGCCCAACGCCGUCUCCAAGAUCAACCUGCUCAACAAGGUGCUGGGCAUCGUCACCGGCGUGCUGCUGCAGGACCACGAGAUCCGCAAGACGGAGUUCCAGCAGCUGCCCUACCACCGGAUCUUCAUCAUGCUGCUGCUGGAGCUGAACGCGCCUGACCCCGUCCUCGAGGCCAUCAACUUCCAGGUUCUGACGGCGUUCUGCAAUGUGCUGCACAUCCUGCGCCCGGAGAAGGCGCCGGCGUUCGCCUACGCCUGGCUGGACAUUGUCUCCCACCGGGUGUUCAUCGGACGCAUGCUGGCCGUCACGCCGCAGCACAAGGGCUGGGGUCCGUACGCACAGCUGCUGAUCGACCUGUUCAACUUCCUGUCUCCGUUCCUGCGUAACGCGGAGCUGGCCAAGCCAAUCACUAUUCUGUACCGCGGCUGUCUGCGCGUCCUGCUCGUGCUGCUGCACGACUUCCCAGAGUUCCUCUGCGACUACCACUACAACUUCUGCGACGUCAUCCCGCCCAACUGCAUCCAGAUGCGGAACCUGGUUCUGUCUGCGUUCCCGCGCAACCUGCCGCCGCCCGAUCCGUUCGCCGGCAAACUACAGGUGGACAUGAUCCCAGAGAUCCGCCAGGCGCCCAUGAUCCAGACCAACUACGCGUCGCUCAUCCAGCCGCCAUCAUUCAAGAACGAGUUGGACACGUACCUGAACACGCGCACACCGGUCACGUUCGUGACGGACCUGCGCUCGACGCUGCAGGCCAGCGCCGAGCCCGGCUGUCGCUACAACAUCCAGCUGAUGAACGCUCUGGUGCUGUACGUCGGCACAGAGGCGAUCGCCGCCAUCCAGGCCAAGGGCCUGCAGCCCAACAAGCAGACCAUCACGCACAGCAGCCACAUGGACAUCUUCCAGAGCCUGGCUGUCGACACCGACACAGAGGGACGCUACCUGUUCCUGAACGCGAUCGCCAACCAGCUGCGCUACCCCAACAGUCACACCAACUACUUCCUGCACCUGAUUCUGUACUUGUUCGCCGAGGCCAACACGCCCGCCAUCCAGGAGCAGAUCACACGGGUGCUGCUGGAGCGACUGAUUGUCAACCGUCCCCAUCCGUGGGGCCUGCUCAUCACCUUCAUCGAGCUCAUCAAGAACCCGACGUUCGACUUCUGGAGCCACGAGUUCGUGCACUGUGCGCCCGAGAUCGAGAAGCUGUUCGACUCUGUGGCUCGCUCGUGCGCCGCUCAGGGCCAGAAGGUGUCGGCGCUGCGCGCGGCCGUGGCCGGCCAGCAGCCGUCACCCUCGGUCGGCGGCGCCGAGUGAGCGGCGUCGGGCUCCUGCGUGCGGCCGGCCGCCGCCGGGCCGACGCUCCGUCCUGCCGGCGCUGUGCGGCGCGCUCCGGCCGUGGCAGCGCCGGCGGACGGAGUCGACCGGCAGGCGGCGGCAGCCGGACGGCGGCUCUGACGAUAGUGACGGACGGCCACCGGCUGGCUCCGGCGGGACCGGCGGCGGAGGCCACUCCUCGGCCGCCGGGCCGACCGGAGAGCUCUGGACGGGACGGGUGCCACCGAGGUGCCCUUUCAUAACGCGCUGUGACGUCUGAGAGGACAUCCGAUAGUUUGUUGACGGGCGUGGCGUGCAGAGUGAGAGUGAAGUGGCGUGUGGCCAGUGGCACAGACUCAGCGGUGACGACGAACCAUGGACAAAUCGCAACGCCACAGUUGUGUAACGCAAACCGCUUGGUGGAUGGGUAGUGUUGUAUACAAGGGGGCUGAACUUUGUGACAUGGUUGGGAGUGUAACUGUAACAUCUGUUUGUGUGUGUAUCACCAUAUGUGUUUAAGGACAAAGUAAGCGAUAACGACCUUACUGAUCACUGUAUCAAAGUUGUAGCGUGGCUGAUCAAUUGCUAGAAUAAGUGAGGAGGGAACCGCGCGUAUCGCGUACGGUCCCGGCGGACCGGAGCACAGCGCUGGCCGGCGGCCGUGGGAGGUGCGUGUUUCGUUGACCCGUUCGAGGCUCCGACAGCCGGAUUGGUUCCGUUUUACGUGGUUUUGAGAUGUGUACAAGGCUGUAGCGCGCCGGACCUCAUCAACUGUGUAUAUCCGUGUUUGCCUGUCAUCAAUCCUGCUCUUGGUUAGUUUGUGUCCGCAGCUAAUAAAGCAGCAGUUGCGCUGACCAGAA